CACCAACCAACUCAGACGUUUACGUGCCCUUGCUGUUGGCGGCGGCGGGGCUUCUUGACCAGCAGGAGGCGGCGCGAUGGAGCACGCACCCGCUCGCGCACGAUUGGUGGCAGCCGAUAGUUGAGGCCUUGCAGCGAGCGGACCCCGUGCCAGCCGAGACUCUCGCCGCAGGGCUGGAGUUCGCAGGGGCCAGCCCAGGGACGGCAUGUGCCGCGAUCGCUGCUGCGGGCGGAGCGCGCCCUGGACAUGCGCACCUGCCCCUCGCAGAAAGAGAGCUGGCGGACAGCCCCGGCCACAUCGACAACCUCGCCCAGGACCUCUUGCUCGAGCUUUUCGGGGGAGUCGUGCUGGCGCGGGGAGUCGACCAGCGCACGGACGAGCUUCGCGACCCGGCCAGGCCCAGCCACGCAGAUGCGGCGGCAGGGCGCGUCGACAACGCCAGGCCCGCUCUCCUUGACAGCGUCGACCUGGAAGCCGAACUCCGCCGCCGGGUGGCGUGCAUCCGGGCGCCGCUGGCCUUCCUCCGCGGCCGCCUCCGCCAGCUAUACCACACGGUCCUCGAGGAGGUCCUGCGCGCGGAAGCCCUUCCUGACGACAACAGGGUGCAGAGGGAGAGGGCGCGGAAGCUCCUGGUCCUCCUGUGGCGCACGCUGCUGCAAGGGACCGCGAGCACUGGAGCGCCAGGGCGGCGAGAGCUUGAAGCGCGACUGGAGCAGAUCGAGGCGAGGCCCCAGCGCCUCCUGGAAGACGCGGCAGCGCUGGUCAGAGCAAGGGGCCUCAGCAAGGCGCGACAGCUUCUCGCCUCGCGCGGGCUGGCGCAGGGCACGGCGGAAACCUUGGCAGAACUGCAGGACCCCGCCCGGCGAUCGCCGAGACCCGCCGCCAACUUGCCGCCAGCCGCCCGAGCGUUCCAGCCAGCCCGGCUCGUCGAGCUCGACCGCCACACCUGGACCGACUGCGUCCGCUCUGCCCCGAAAGGGUCGUCCAGCUCCCUGAGCGGCGCCAGCUUCGAACUGCUCAAGCUGGCCUGGGACGAAGAUGACACGCUCGUGCUGCAAGCUGCUGUCGCGGAGCGCUGCGCCCGGGCCGAGAUCCCGGCGAGC